AUGGCCAGCAUGCUUAACGCUCAUUCUCGGCCGCCCAAAGGGCUGAAGAUUGUGGUGAUUGGGAAGAUUGGAGUUGGUAAGAGUGCAUCAGGAAACACGGUUCUGAUGAGAGAAGCUUUCCGGUCCCGUCUGUCUUCUACCGCAGUGACACAGAUUUGCCAGACGGAAAGAGGAGAGCUGGACGGACAGACUCUGGUUGUGGUUGAUACUCCAGGUCUGUUCGGACUCACCAGUUCUGACCCGUCUGCUCCGUCUGAUGCCAACAGUCAAGAUGCAGUGAUGAAGGAGGUCCAGAAAUGCGUGUCGCUCGCUCCACCUGGCCCUGUUGUGUUCCUAGUUGUGAUCCAGAUGGGCAGAUUCACCAGAGACGAGCGGGAGACAGUGAAAAUAAUCCAGAGGACCUUUGGCCUGGAGGCAGCACAUUCCACCAUGGCCCUGUUCACCCGGGGAGAUGAUCUGAAGACAGACGGACGCUCCGUGGAGGCGUAUAUCGGAGCAGAUCCAGCUGUGCGUGACUUCAUCAGAGAGUGUUUCGGGGUUUACCACGUCUUCGAUAACAGAGACCGGGAUCCGUCUCAAGUUGUUGAACUGAUGCAGAAGAUCAACAACACAGUGCAGAGAAAUGGAGCAAGUGGUUCCACCGGUGAAGGUUCGGGCAUCCUCCAGUUAGAAGCACAAGAAAGGGGAGGAGGAAGAAGACAAGCUGCAGGAGGUCCCGGAAUCAGCCGAGAUUUACUUGUUGGAGGGCUCGCUGUAGCUAUAAUAGCAUUACUUAUAUACUUGGCCCGUAGGUAGGUCAGAACCUACCGGUCUAUCACCCCCAGCUGCAGGUGGAUUAGCUGUAUACAUUUAAGAUAAGAUAAGAUAAAAUAAGAUAAUCCUUUAUUAGACCCGCAGCGGGGAAAUUUGCAUGUUUGCAAUUGUUAUUCAGAUAUGCGCUCAUUAGACCUGUUAGAGCCGGAAAUAUACACCUAUCACGUGAAUAUAUAUUAGGUGAUAAUUGUUGCUGCAUUAAUGUGUUCACCGCUAAAAUCUUGGAAAAGGUGGGAUUAUGUUUUAGUGUAUUUACUGCCGGGCCUUUAUCUUCAAUAAUACAUUUUGAGUUAAUAAGCUAUGAAAAGUACAACAUUUUGCUCUGAGAAGUCACUCUGAGAAGUGGUAAAAUAUGGAAAUACUGAAGUUAAGUGCAAGUACUUCCAAUAUGUAAGUAAAGUACUCAUGUUAAUGUACUUGGUCACUUUCCACCACUGACAUUCUGUUUUCCGUAUUGUUCCUUCAAUGAUGAUUAACCGUCGUUCAGAUGUUCAGAUCUUUUUCAGCUGCAGCUCACCUUAAAAUCUGAAUCACCUGGACGUACCUGCAGGAAUUUUGUGACAUCACGACUACUUUACAGCCAAUCGUGGUCCAGGAUGCAGUUCACGUGUUCACUUGUGGACUUUUCAUCUUGUGAAACUCAAAAUACAUGUUUUUAAUGAUUAUUCAUUUUUCCAUAGGAACAGAGAAUUAACGUGUUUUUAAACUGUAAUUUACUGAGAUUCCAACCUGCAGGAGGAUGUCUGAGAUUUAAAGUUGUUUUCCAUUUUUCUAUUAACAUUAAAUAGAUUGAGAUUAAAACCUGCGCGAAAAAACAAAUGUGGAUAAAUGGGCCCAAGAGGUUAUGUGCCUUCAAUCUAAAUUAAAUGGGUUUAUUAUCUCACUUCAUAUUUAUUAUAUAUAUUCAUUACUCAUGUAUAGUGUCUUUACCCUGUAAUUGUGUGAAAUAAAGAUGAUCAGUU